AUGCUGUCGGUGCUUCUCAUUUCGGCUUUCAUCCUUGUCAUCUGCAGUGCCCAGGAGGUUCCCCAAUGCACGUGUGAACAGUUGGCGCCAUGCCUUCAAGUCAAUGCGGACACGUUCUUCAAUUGUGGCGAUGAAUGCCAGAGCCAUACAGGAGCCAUGAACUUUGACUAUGCCGCUGCAAGACAGUGCUUUAUGCAAAUUCAUGAUCAGAUGGAUCGUGCUAUUGAAUGCUUCAAGAGAUUCUAUGACGGAUCAUGUGCAACAGGACAGCCGCAAAUGGUGCAGAAGAGGGAUCUGGAGAUCCUCAAGCUGACACUAUACGGUCGUCUGGACAAUAUGCUGCAACAAUCUGGUAUUGCCAACCAAGUGAUGGACUUUGUUGGGUCAUCUCGAGGGUUCACCAACUGCGAAAUUAGAUGCAUUAGCAAGAUUUCUCCGUUCAGUUGCAAAGAGCAGAACAACUGUGGCUUGAUAGAACCUUCAGACGAAGUUAUUGUAAACAAUAUGAUGCAGUGCGCAAUCCAGAACGGAAUAGACACUCCGACAGUUCAAGGUCUAUGCCGUUGUCUUGCUCAGGCUGGCGCAUCAUCUAUAGGGCUAAAUCGGGAGUUGAGGAAGAAGAAAAAUGAUUUUGACUUCUUCGUAACGGACAUCUAUGGACCGGUAGCGCUCUUCCAGCGACUGGCAUUCAAACGCCGUCACUCUGGAACGACAUCAGAAGCUGGCACAAUCUCCACCUCACUUAUGACUGCGUCUGCGUUUCUUAGACGGGGCAGACCUUAUAACACCAGAAUAGAAGACGGCAAGUUUGAGCAAACAAACUGGUCGGCUCAUCAAUGCGACUUGUCGGACUAUACAUUAUUUGCUUUGAUUUUAUCGGCCUUCUCCUUUGUUGUGUAUAAUGCCCUGUUUCUUGCUGCUCAACUAUGGGGAGCUGUUGGUACCCUCGCUUUGGGUUUAUACUAUAUCGUACCGUUUUGGGGUUACGCUAGAGGUAACACAACGGUGCUCAGAAUUGGAACGGGUUUACAGGCAAUUGCUACAGCAGUAAUAUUUGGCUUCUUUGUAUUUUUCUGUGUUGAAAUAUUCGUUCCUCAUUCGCUUGUCUAUAAAGUAUUGACGUACAUAAUUCAUAUGGAUGAAGAUCGCAGAGUAAAAGUCGCCCGAUAUACCUCCAUCGGAAUGACUGUCGACUCACUGGUUACGAGCCUUUUACAUUUAUGGGCGCUAGUAAUGUGCUUUCUCCAGUGCAGACAAGAAGACAUCAAGUCUGAUGCACCGCUCGAGGCUAUGGCAAUCCAUACAGAACUCGACUAUCCGCAGUUCGCAUUGCCUCGGCUUCGAACUACAUCAGACGGCGAGAUUGUCGGAACACUGCGAUCGAAAGCACGGCUUGACCAUCAUCAUCUGUCGAUGCCACCUCCAACGCGUUUUUAA